UAAAUACGACCUUGAUGCCGGUAGACGCGCGUCCAGGCAGUCACUUCGGGCUCAUUUUGGGCGGUCGUAGGUUAUAGGGCGGUGCGAUCACUUAUUUUUUGCACUUCUAACAUUCACAUUGAGCUGUGUGGAUCAGGCAACCCAGAGAACUGGUUGUUACAUGUCUGGAUUAUUGACAAGGUUCAGAAAUGGACCCCUGUCAAGAUGGGGAAGCAAGACUAGAGCUGACAGUGGGCAGAGGGACAGUAAUCCACCACUGGUCAUGCACUGCAGGAGCUUACUGGCGUCAGCUAGGGCAGGACUAUGCCGAAGUGUUCCGGGACACCGCAAAGGAUGCCAGGAAUCGGCCGGUGAAAUCAGCGAUCUACGCGCUUGGCACAUCUGCACUUGUGUACGGCUGGAACACGAGCCCGGGCGAGCGCCAGUUCUCUGACCAGCUGCUGGCGGCCGACGGCCGGCUGCGGCUGUUGGCGCCGGCCCAGCGCAGUCCGGCCGCUGAGCGUCACGUGCGCCGGCUGCGCCAGCUGCAGGCCGACGGCCGGCUGCGCGCGCAGAACCUGGGCCCGCUCAGCCUGCUCUGGGAGCUCGAGUACCCGGCCGGCACGGCGCUGCACGCUGCCCAGUGCUCGCACCUGCGUCCCAGCUACCUCAGCUUCCACGAGCGCGUGCGCGACGUGGGUGCGGCCGGCCGGUGGUGGGGCCUCUGGCGUCGCAUGCGGGACUAUGACGUCAAUGAGGACGUGUACCAGGAUGCUGAUGCGGUAAAGGCCUUGGUGGAGACGACCGCUGUCGGCGGCCCCAGCGUGUCAUGAGACCACCACGGCGGCGUGCGGCCCGCUGGUAUGACCGCCGUGGACUAGAUGACGGUGCUUGUUUGCAUGCGUCGUACUGAACAUGGACGGGUGGGGGCCUGGCCGUGGUCCGGGUCUGUUGUAUGCAGGGCUGUUGAGAUCGUUUGGGUUGCGAGGGCUCUCCGGCAGCGCUCGCUCGUGACCUUUCCCCGCUGAGUCGCGCACUCUCGGGGAGCAGCACGUCAUGCUCGUGCAAUACAUUUAAUGACGGCGCGCAAAUAAAUGCAGCGUCUGGUGUCCUUGGAA